UCGGUGGGGUGGUGGCGGCGGUUUCUGCUGGCCUGCCUGCCGGGACACCACAGCUGAGCUUUGCUGUGGGCGUGCGUACGAGGGGAUGCUUACUGAAACUUCUGUGCUGCACGCAAACGGAGCCUUCUGGGGCUCACCGCUCUUGCGGCAGCUGGACCUUGACUGCCGCGGGAAGGCGCCCCGGUUUCGCUGGGCUGCCCCGCGGCCUGCCCGCACCCGCCCGCCUCGCCUUCUGCAGUGCCUGGGCUUUGCCGGUUUGGCAGAUGGAUAUAUGAUCUUUCUGUAGCUCUGGCAACAGAAGUUAUAAGACCACUAGUGAUGACUAAAUAUUUUGCUGCUUUGUUGCUGAAAGAGACAGAAGCAUUUAGACACAAAUUGGCUGACCAGGUCCAACAACACAAUAUCGGUCAAUGUAACAGUAAAAGUGAUCUCCAUUGGAGAAGAUGUUCUAGGUAGAUGGUGUAGCUGGCUAUUGGGUAUCUGUAUCAUCUGUGGCCAUGAAGAAUCUCAUCACUGAACCUGGACAAGGAAAUUCUAACAUGUUGUGGUGGAAGAUGGCAACUACAAUCUCUAACCUCAUCUCAGAGCUGCCAGAGGAUAACUGUAGAAAGUGCUUGAGCAACUGCACAGUGUGGCCACAGGGAUGAGUAGGCUGCUUUUCCAUGGUUUGGAAUGGAUAUUGGUGGAACAUUGGUUAAAUUGGUCUACUUUGAACCUAAGGACAUUACUGCAGAAGAGGAACAGGAAGAGGUGGAAAACUUGAAAAGCAUUAGGAAAUACCUGACCUCCAAUACAGCCUAUGGUAAAACUGGCAUUCGUGAUGUCCAUCUGGAACUGAAAAAUCUGACUAUGUGUGGACGCACAGGAAACCUGCACUUCAUCCGCUUUCCCAGCUGUGCCAUGCACAGAUUUAUACAGAUGGGUAGUGAAAAGAACUUCUCCAGUUUGCACACUACACUCUGUGCCACAGGAGGUGGAGCUUACAAGUUUGAGGAGGACUUCAGAACGAUUGCAGAUCUACAGCUUCAUAAACUGGAUGAAUUGGACUGUUUGAUCCAGGGCCUCCUUUACGUUGAUUCUGUCGGUUUCAAUGGCCAACCAGAGUGCUACUAUUUUGAAAAUCCUACAGAUCCCGAACAGUGCCAGAAAAAGCCUUACUGCCUUGAUAAUCCAUAUCCUAUGCUGCUGGUUAACAUAGGCUCAGGGGUCAGCAUCCUAGCUGUGUAUUCUAAGGACAACUAUAAAAGAGUCACAGGAUCCAGUCUUGGAGGAGGAACAUUCCUGGGCCUGUGCUGUCUGCUGACUGGUUGUGAGACGUUUGAAGAAGCACUAGAAAUGGCCGCGAAAGGAGACAGCACCAAUGUGGAUAAGCUGGUGAAAGAUAUUUAUGGAGGAGAUUAUGAGCGGUUUGGCCUUCAAGGGUCUGCUGUAGCCUCAAGCUUUGGUCAUAUGAUGAGUAAAGAAAAGAGAGAUUCCAUCAGUAAAGAGGACUUGGCCAGAGCUACUUUGGUCACUAUCACCAACAACAUAGGCUCUAUUGCUCGCAUGUGUGCAUUGAAUGAGAACAUAGACAAGGUGGUGUUUGUUGGCAACUUCCUCAGAAUUAAUAUGAUUUCUAUGAAAGUGCUAGCAUAUGCUAUGGAUUAUUGGUCCAAGGGACAGCUGAAAGCUCUGUUUUUGGAACAUGAGGGUUAUUUUGGAGCUGUUGGGGCUCUUCUAGAAUUGCUUAAAAUGACAGAUGAGCAGUGAUGAAGCUGCCUGAAGAGAUACCUACUGCAGAUGCUGCUGGAUAAGAGUGAAAGCCACUACAAGGAUGGAAAUGAAGCCAUUAUGGUAGUUCUACCUGCUGGAUUUGUAAAUAAUUGAAAAACCUUUUAGCUGAUCUUUAACUUCUGGAUUUUGAACUUACACUUCAGAAUUCGUACUGGGAAUAAGGAGAUUUUUUUCUGUACACUGUAUUUUUUAGGGGAAAAAAUGUGCAAAGUGGCCAAACACAGAUUUUAUGAAUUUAUUUUACAAAUAGAUCCUGUUCAAUGUAUGACCUGUGAGAUGAGGCAUCUGCUUUUCUUCUGGGGUUUACUGAUUAGUGUGGUAAUUUUAACUUCAUUUAGUAAUCACUCUAGGAGAUUUUUUUUAAUCUUAUUUUCAUGACGUUUCAUGAUUUGUUCUUGGUUUCAAAUGAAACUACGAAGCUGAUGCAUUUUAAUGUGAAACAAGUUAUUGAUUUUUUUUUGGCUUUGUGUUUUUGCCUUUUUCUCAUUAGAUGGGACACUUCUUUAUUUAACACCCCUCAGCCCCCUCAAAAAAGUGAACUUGAAUUUGCAAGCUUUCUGUGACUACAUGGGUUUCUUGGCAAGACUGUCAGAAACUUGGCAAGGGAGUUAAGAUUGUAAGUUUUCAGCAGUCAUGACUUGCAGCAGGAGCAGACUCCUAACUGAUUUUGCAGGACUAAUUAUCUUCUAUGUUAAGAAUCUGAAAUAAGAUGUGAACUGAAAUUUCAGUUACUGGCUCAACACUAAAAUGAAAUCUUAUUUCUGUUGAAAACUUCUGAUCUUUGUGAAGAGUUAUGUAGUACAGAUGUUAUUUAUAUGGUACAUACAUACUUGGCAUUAGAUGACAAAGGGAGGAGAUUUGUUUUCAUUUAUUUGAAGACUUUUCUGUAGUCUGAAAAUUUUAACUUGACCUUAAUCAAAACCAACUGAUAACUGCAUUAUGCAAGGCUUGGUUUCUAAAACCAGAAAAAUACUGCCUAAUCUUUUUUUCUGGUUUUCAGCUAAACAUAACUUUCCCUCCAGGACACUUAAGAUUUGAGUGUUUAUUCCAAAACAAUAUUUUCUACCCUUUUUUGAUUUGUAGGCUGCUCUGAUUUAUUUUUUUUUUCCAGUUGAUUUGAGACCUCCUUGAAAUCUAUGUACUUAGCUUGUUGCAUAGCCACAUACAAGCUUGCUUUUGUUGGAUGCCAUUGAAGGCUCACAUGAAAACCAGUCUAUAAAUUACUUUGUCUUUCAAAUCUGUAUGUGAAGAGCUCACCAGAGGAGCAGUAUAAAAUUCAGACACAUAUAUUCUCCAAUAUAUUUUUGGAAGGGGGGAGGUUAUUUCACUUUUUAAGUAGUCAUUAAUUUCUGUAUCUCCCAAUUGUUAAAAUAAAUUAAUGUUCAAACUGAAGUGUUAACUCUACUGAUGGAAAUAAAGACCGCUGCUGUUUUGACAGUU